AUGUUUUCCGAGCCAGAGCCAGGUCAGUCCAAGCGAGCUGAGACGGAUUCUCAGCCGAAUCAAGUGAAUAAUCAAGCAGAUUCGGCCAAUUUCUUCAAUUUCUGGGGAUUUCUUCGGAUCGAGGUGAUUUUAAAUCCAUUUUUUAUUCAAAUUUCUAUAUUUUUUUUAGAAACGAGUCGCCUAUCAACUAAUUUUGGCUGUAAUCGCAACUUUAAUUGUCAUCGCUUUGGCCACCGCCUUUUUCUCCACGUUUCACUGGUAA